AUGAUCCCUGAGAAGUUAUGCUUAGGCACAGAACCGCUACACUUGCAUCAUUGUAUCCAUGCUGUUUCCUUCCUCCGGAACGUGCCAGCAGACACCUCCACCUCAGCCUUAGAGACCCCGCGGUCCGGGCUGACGCGGAAGCGCAGCCAUCCACGCCGCCGUCAUGGCCACAGGAGAGCCAGGCGUCGCCGCCGCCACCGCCACCAACGCCGUGCUGCCGCCGCUCUCCCGCCGCCCACCACGGCCCAGGAGCAAACAGGUAGCAGGAAGCGGAGCGCGUCGGCAGUUGAGGCGGACGCCGGGAGCUCGCCGUCGCAGGGCUUGGCGAACGGAGGGGGGCCGCUUUCCAAGAGGCGGAGGUGGCCGGCGACGCGUCGUUCCGUGGUGCAUUAUCUGAAGGGCCGGGAGGUAGGCAGGUGGGGCCCCGCGGGGCUCCCGGGCUUCGAGAGCGAGCUGCGGGGAUAUACGGCACAGAGGCUGCCAGAGCUGCUGACGGAGCGCGAGCUAGACCUGGGCACCGUCAACAAGGUGUUCGCGUCUCAGUGGCUGAACUCCAGGCAGGUGGUGUGCGGCACCAAGUGUAACACGCUCUUGGUGGUGGACGUGCAGUCGGGCCACAUCACACGCAUCCCCCUCAUGCAGGACAAGGAUGCCGACCUGGCCCAGGCCCGUCGGAACUGCGGCAUCCAUGCCAUCGAGCUGAAUCCCUCCAAGACGCUUCUAGCCACCGGCGGCAAAAACCCCAACAGCCUGGCCAUCUACCGGCUGCCCACCCUGGAUCCCCUGUGCCUGGGCGACCGCCAUGGCCACAAGGACUGGAUCUUUGCCAUCGCCUGGCUGAGUGACACCGUGGCUGUGAGCGGCUCCCGCGACGGCACCGUGGCGCUGUGGCGGAUGGACCCGGACAUGUUCGAUGGCACUAUUGCCUGGCACAGUGAGGUGGGUCUCCCCUUAUAUGCCCACAUUAGUCCGAGUGAUGUGCAGUCCAUCCCCAGGGUCAGCACCAACCCGAACAACCGCAAAGUGCGAGCCCUGGCCUUCAGCGGCAAGAACCAGGAGCUGGGAGGGGUGUCCUUGGAUGGCUAUUUUCACCUGUGGAAAGCCCGGAGCACACUAUCUAGGCUGCUGUCCAUCAGGCUGCCCUACUUCCGGGAUAAUGUGUGCCUGACCUAUUGUGAUGAAUUGUCCGUGUACGCUGUGGGCUCUCAUUCCCACGUCUCCUUCCUGGAUUUGCGCCAGGGCCAGCAGAACAUCCCGCCCCUGUGCUCUCGAGACGGUGGCAUGGGCGUGCGGUCGCUGAGCUUCUACCACCACCUGAUCACUGUGGGCACUGGCCAGGGCACCCUGCUCUUCUAUGACAUCCGCGCCCAGAAGUUCCUUGAGGAGAGAGCUCCUACCGGCCUCGACUCCGCUCUGGAACCUUCAGGGAGGAAGCUCAAGCUUGACUGUGGCAGAGGCUGGCUCAACCAGGAUGAUUUCUGGUUUAAUUACUUUGGUGGCAUGGAAGAGUUGCCCAGCGCGCUGUACACCCACUGCUACAACUGGCCUGAGAUGAAGCUCUUUGUGGGUGGGGGACCCCUCCCUGCAGGCCUCCAUGGAAACUACGCAGGCUUCUGGAGCUAAGGAUGGAUGCCUUGUUCUCCAGGUGGAACCAGCACAACUUAACCUGUACUCCUCCAAGCAGAGGUAGUGAGUGAUCUUUCGGUCAAUGAAAACUUGGCUUUAAGACUUUUUGACUCCUGUCCAACACCAUCUUUUUGAAUUUUCAUACAAAGAAUUUUGGUUAAUCUUUAGUUGCAUUCUCUCUUUGAGUGAUACAUAUAUUCUGUUUCUUUAAGGAGAUGCAAGUCAUGGUCUUACAAUUACAUAUAUUCCCUUUUUCUUCUCGUUACCAGUAUUACAACAACAUUGUUUUUAGUUAUUUUUCAUUGCAGAUAAAUGGUAUACAAAGAGAAAUUUUUCUAGUAAGCAAGGUGUUUCUAUAUCUUUUCUGGAGAGCUUACCAUAGUUUUAUAGCAUUGUUCGAUUGGAAAAUAUAUUCCAAUUUCUAGUUUAGAUUACCUACUUUUGGAAAAAGUUUUGAAGUUGUGAUCUUGGUGUAUAUAGUUUUACCUUGUUAGUGCUGAAAUGCUUUUCUAAAGUGUAUUCUCUUUUAAAGAAGUUUUCAUAGAAUCUUGUGUUUGUAUCAAACUCUUAAUUAGUCUGAACACUUUAGGAGUGCAGGAUUUCAGAAUUAAUCUGAAAGUUGAAACAACCAUUUUUUUUUAUCUUUCAAACCUUAUUUAAGUUGUUAUUAUCUGUCCUUAAACGGAUAAAAGAAUGUGUAUUUUUUCACUUGUUGCCUUAGUACUAUCAAGACUUGUGAAUAUAUUUGAAUGUAUGUUGUCUGAAAAACUUGCACAGUGCAUUGGAGCCAACAUGCAAAGCAGGAAAUGUGAAUGUGGAAUGUAUGGCAGGCUGGGAAGAAUGUAUACUGAUCUAAGAUACAGACUAGAUAUUUUUGCUGUUGUUUUUAAUAGAAAAUGUUAUAUUUGAGAAUAUUUGACAUUUCUUAGUUCUGCUUAAGAGGUAAUUCACAGUAAAAGAAAAAUCAAACACCAAAAAUAGCACCUUCUUAAAGAAAAUAUUCUUAAUAAGAUUUUAUUUUAUGAAGUUCAAAAAAUUUUUUCUAAAGUAUGUGUUGUUAAAAAGUAGUGAUGUUAUAAACCUACAAUGUAAUAGUAUGCAAUAUCAAGAACACAGUAAGUUUGUUUCCGAUGAGCUGAGAUUAAUACUGUGAAGUCGAAGAAAAGUACACUGGGGCUCAGAUAAAUAUAAAUUGUAGACUGCUGUGAAAUAAAGGUAAUUCUUCAUAUGUGAGACUAUUGGAAGUGAGAAGGAAUAUUUGCCAUUUUUCAAAACUGGCCAGGUUAUGCUGACCUAGGAUUAGGAUUUUGUCAGUGUGAUUUUCCUUAAAUGUAUGGGCACUCAGAUGCUGUCUUGGUCUAUACACACAACAUGCUGUUCAGUCACAAAUCCGAGUAAGUUAAUAAAAUAAAUCGUACUAAAAAUCAUUUAAAAAUAUAAAAAUAGUAAGUUUUCGUUUUUUAGCCAUUGUUAUAAGAAAUAAAAAAAGUGAACUUUUGUUUCUAGCCAUUGUUAUAAAGGCUAAUAUAAUUGUUGUUACGUAGCAGCAAGUUGUAUUUUUGUGCACGCAUGUGUCUCCAUCUCAGUUGUAAAUGCCUUGAGUGCAGAGAAUGUAACUGUCAUCUUUAUAUUGCCUCAUUUCUCCACUGAUACUUAGCAAAUGAAAGGCAAUAAGUAAAUGUUUACUGGACGAAUGUAAUUGUCUCUGGACACCUAGAGUUUAAAGUUUUAAGUCAAUAA